UCAUUGUUAUUGUCCUCGUUGGGGCUCCAGCUGCUUACACAGAUUUCGCCACCAUUUCGCUCACAUUUAGGCCUCUAACACAGCGUAAACGAGUGGACCCGCAAGAGUAUACCGGUACAAUGUCGCUGCAAAAGGACAAUUCAUCGGACGAAAGUUUGCAAGGUUCCUGGGUUGAGCUGCAUUUCAGUGGCACUGGCUCUCAAAGUGCCAGCCAUCACGGCAGCCAGGAACAAAUCACCACGUCCGUCCAGGAGGGAGACGUGGAGAAAAUGCUGCUAGAGGCACAGCAUGAGUCGGGCAGGAACAGCUCCAGAGGAAGCUCUCAGUGCAACAGCCCACGCAGAGCACAGACCCCCCUGCUUGUGUGGAGAGGCUCAGAGGGAAACAGCUCACAGUCAGAUGAAGACUUCCAAGAAAGGAGACGGGAGGUAGAGAACCUGAUGAAGAAAAAUGCCGACUGGAUCUGGGACUGGUCUAGUCGACCUGAGAACAAUCCACCAAAGGAGUUCCUGCUGAAGUACCCUAAGCGCUCGACCUCCCUCAGCAUUAGGAACACCAGCGUCAUGAAGAAGGGAGGCGUUCUGUCUGCUGACUUUCUGAAGCUUUUCCUGCCCUCAUUAAUCAUUUCUCACAUACUUGCUGUUGGCCUAGGGAUAUAUAUUGGGAAGCGUCUAACCUCCCACAACACCUACUAAAAAGGAUGGAGAUGUUGCGACUCCUUGUCACCUUGAUGUGACCGCCUGGGCAUGCCUUAAAAUGGGACCUUCUGAAUAUCAAGGGAGAUGUGGCCACGUGACAGUCCAAUUUGAUUGAGUGCACCCUGUCACUCAGACCAGCGUGGAGAGUUGAGGAUCUGUCAAUGCUGUUUCAUGGCGUAUACUCCUGAACACAACAGUGGCCAAUCCUCUGCUCCUUGCUGUAGUCCCUGUCCUGGCCUGGAGAUGACUGUUUUGCUGCUUCCUGCUCCUUAAAUCUGCAUGUUAGGGAACUGGUAUAUAAUCUACAUCAUUGCCUUUUUCUUUUUGCUGUGAGAAGUCACUUUUUGACUCAAAAUGAUAUGUCCAAAUGAUUUUUUAAAAUCAGUUGUGGAUAAAGGAAAUUGUUUUGACUUGUAAUUUCUUUUUUUUGUCCAAGGGAUCAUUAGCCUAGUGUUUAAGUGAUUGCAUCAAUUAUUCAUUGCUCUAUUUGUGCAAUUGUAUAUUGUGAUUCUAAGCAAAUUGCAUACGAAGCACUGAUAUGGUCCAUUUUUGUUCAUUCUACACUAAAUAAAAAAUUGAAAAAA